AUGCCUACAAAUUACAAGCGCAAGAGUAACCGGCAGUCAUGGACCGCUCAGCAGUUGGAACAAGCCAUUAAGGCUGUAAAAAGUGGAUCGCCGGUGAAGACAGCAGCAAGAAGUUACGCAUUUCCAAGAUCCACACUGAUUCGCCACCUCACAAGUCCAACUGUAUCAACUCGGCUAGGACCUCUUGAUUCCGUAUUCAAUUCUCAACAAGAAGAGCUGCUGGUACAACAUCUGUUGGAUUUGGAAAAUAGGUUCUAUGGAUUAACGAUGACUAAUGUUCGAAAGCUUGCUUUUGAUCUGGCCGAAAAAAAUGGAUUGCCACACCUGUUCAACAAGUCUACCAAGAUGGCUGGAAAAGCUUGGCUAAGCAAUUUUCUGAAACGAAAUCCCAAAUUGUCGUUCCGUAAACCUGAAGCUACCUCUGCCGCCCGAGCCAGAGGCUUCAAUAAGCUAGCAGUAUCUGCGUUUUACGAUUUGCUGGAAGAAGCGCUGAAAGAUCCCAAAUUGACGACAGAUCGUGUUUUAAACGCCGAUGAGACUAGUGUUUGUACCGUUCCUCCGAAGAAGUCUAAGGUAGUGGCAUUAAAAGGCAAAAAACAGGUUGGUGGUAUUACAUCUGCGGAACGCGGAGAAACAGCUACGGCAGUAAUGUGCAUGUCCGCAACCGGACAGCACCUUCCGCCGUUCUUCAUUUUUCUUCGCAUGCGGAUGCACGUAGCUUUGAAGAAAGGGGCAUCACGAGGAAGCAAAUUUGCCUGUAAUGCAUCGGGUUACAUGACGGUCGAAAUAUUCAAUGAGUGGUUCGAUCACUUUUUAGAGCAUGUAAAACCUUCUGAAGACAGUCCUGCCUCAUAA